AUUUUCCCGCUUCUGACAACUGGUCACACUGGUUCCGCUUUGUUCUUCGGUUGUCUGUUUUUUAUGUUUACACUGCUUAUAUCUUAAUUUUUUGUAAGAGAUAUGUCCGAUAAAAGGACUCUGAUAGAUUUAAAUGAUGAAACUAGCGACGAUGAAGAGAUUACCACCCAAGGAGCAGCGGGCUAUGCCAAGAAACCCGCGGAAAUUGUGCAUUCCAACCUGUACGACGAUGUCCCCACAACUAGUUCUUUAGUUUCGGAAGUAAACGAAAAUUCGGGGAACUACCCAUUAGAUGCACAAAAUGAUCAUCCACCUUUGCUUCUGGAAGAGAAUGCUUUAAUUAGCGGAAACAUCACAAAUGGGGAUGCGAGGGGCAAUGGUCAAAUCAUUCCUGAUUCGGAGCCUAUUUUUCAUCUUCGAUCCCGCACAGCAGCCGCUUCCACGCCCAACUACGAGAGCCUGGACUAUGAGGUUUGCGAAAACGUGCUGUUCCAAGACGAGCAACGAAAGCGGCUCACUGAAAGAUUCUCGCCGCGGAAGGGCGUCAUACGGUGGAUAAUUUUCAUACAGAUUGGCAUUAUUACAGCUCUAAUCGCAUGCACAAUAGACAUCAUCAUAGAAGAGCUCUCGGAGCUAAAGUACAAAUUUCUCAAGAACUCUGUGGACGAAAAUGUGCCACUUAGCGACGCCAGUGGCAAAGAUCUUAUGGUCCCCUUUUUGUACUGGAUCCUGCUUAGCAUUGUACCCGUGGGCAUUGGAGCGGCCAUGGUCACCUACAUUGAGCCCAUUACGGCGGGCAGUGGCAUUCCACAGGUCAAGAGCUACCUGAAUGGCGUCAAAAUACCCCGAAUUGUUAGGAUUAAGACUUUGGCAGUCAAAGCCAUCGGCGUGAUAACGUCCGUGGUGGGCGGUCUGGCUGGAGGAAAGGAGGGACCCAUGAUCCAUGCUGGAGCGGUGGUGGCCGCCGGAAUAUCACAGGGAAAAAGCACAACUUUCGUUAAGGACUUUCGCAUCUUUAAAGCUUUCCGGGACGACCAUGAAAAGCGGGACUUUGUGCUGGGAGGCGGAGCGGCAGGAGUAUCAGCCGCUUUUGGAGCUCCCAUUGGAGGGAUGUUGUUCUCCUUGGAGGAGGCGGCCAGCUUUUGGAACCAGAAUCUCAUUUGGCGCACACUGGUAGCCUCCAUCAUCAGUGUGUUCACCCUGAACAUAGUGCUCUCCGCCUACCAUGGGCUCAAUGACUUUACGUUUACGGGUCUCUUCAAUUUGGGAAAGUUCGACACACCUCUCAAGUUUGAUUACUUUGAGCUGCCCAUUUUUAUGCUUCUCGGAGUGAUUGGAGGACUACUGGGAGCUGCCUGGAAUUCGCUAAACACCAAAAUUAAUGCCUUUAGGAAGCGCUUUAUAUCAUGGAAGUUUGCCAAAGUUAUCGAAGCUGCUGUGGUGGCCAUGUUGGGCGUUACACUGGCGUGCCUGAUGAUUUAUUUCAUCAACGAUUGUCGACCACUUGGCAACGAUCCGACCGUGCAUCCUGUUCAGCUUUUCUGCGAGGAUAACGAGUACAAUGCGGUGGCUUCCCUGUGGUUCCAAACACCUGAGGCCACAGUCCGAUCGCUGUUCCACGAUCCUCCAGGCUCUCAUAAGAUCACCACGCUGACGCUCUUCACCAUUAUAUACUAUGUGUUAUCCUGUGUCACCUUUGGCCUCAAUGUCUCGCUAGGUGUUUUCAUUCCCACUGCUCUGGUGGGGGCAGCUUGGGGUCGCCUUCUGGCCAUGCUAGCCUUCUACCUUUUCCCACAGGCGAACUUCCUGCAUCCUGGAAAGUAUGCUCUGAUUGGAGCUGCCGCCAAUCUGGGCGGUGUUCUCCGGAUGACCAUCAGUUUGUCGGUCAUUUUGAUGGAAACUACUGGUGUGGAAACGUCCUUCUUCUUUCCCCUCAUCAUCGCCCUGAUUAGCGCCAAAUGGGUGGGCGACUACUUCAACGAGGGCAUCUAUGACACCCAAAUAGAAGUUAACCAUGUACCGAUUCUGCCCUGGGAGCCGAUGCCCCAAUACAAGGGCCUGACGGCCCGGGAAAUCAUGAGCAGUCCAGUGGUCUGCAUCAAGCUAAGGGACAAGGCUCAUUAUAUCUACAAAGUGCUGAAGAAGUGCGAUCACAAUGGCUUUCCGGUGGUAGAUGACGUUCGCGAUGAUCGCCGCUCUGAGGGUCGUAUUUGUGGCAUUAUAUUACGUUCCCAGCUGAUUGUUAUCUUACUGAAGUCCUUGUAUGUGGAAAACAAGCAAUUCUGGUUGCCGGAAACAACUAUUCAAACUUUUAGGGACGUCUACCCGCGUUAUCCUUCAAUUAAGAGCGUGCGUAAGCUAGAUGACAACGAGAAAUACACGGUGGACUUGUCCAUGUUUAUGAAUCCAUCGCCAGUACGCGUUAAUCCUCACGAUUCUGUGCCAAGGAUCUUCCAGAUAUUCCGCGCCUUGGGCCUGCGACACCUGCUGGUCAUCAACAAUGAAAAUCGGGUGGCUGGCAUCAUCACCAGGAGGGACUUCAUCUACAAAUAAUUUCUUAGCAUCCAAUGCAGGUUUUUAAAGUUUUUAACCUAAGCAGAAAGUGUCUUUUAUGGUGAGAAUAAAAACAAAAUAUUUAUAAUCAAAAA